AGCUGAAACACCAAACAUUUUCUGACAGCUGUGCCGGUCCACCUGUACGGGACACGUUUUUCUCGUCAUAUCUUCAACGUUUGUAGAAUGGCAAGACCGACUGCUAGAUUGCGCAAUACAGGAGACUUUGGGUUUUGGGUCGAUCGGAAUGCUUUGUAUGAAGCAGCCAGCCAUGGCCAUGUUCUUGAACUAAAACAGCUAAUUGAAAAUGGAGCAUGCGUGAAUGUAGUUACUGCAGAUUCAAUAACCCCACUUCAUGGGGCAAGCCUUAAAGGUCAGACAGAGUGUGUGAAAUUACUGCUGGCUGCAGGAGCCCAGGUAGAUGCAAGAGAUAUUGACGGUAGCACUCCUCUGUGUGAUGCCUGCGCUUCUGGAAGCAUAGAGUGUAUCAAUGUACUCUUAGAACAUGGAGCACAAAUAAACCCUCCCCUGUACACAGCAUCACCCCUGCACGAGGCAUGCAUGAGAGGUAAUUCAGAGUGUGUGAGGCUUUUAAUAUCACAGGGGGCUCUGCUAGAGGCCCAUGACUGCCACUUUGGGACUCCACUACAUGCAGCAUGUGCUGGAAAUUAUAUCAAAUGUGUGAAAUUGUUACUAAAUGCAGGUGCAAAUGUGAACGCAGCAAAGCUACACGAGACGGCCCUUCAUCAUGCAGCCAAAGUAAAUAAUGUGGACUUGAUAGAAAUGCUGGUUGAAUUUGGAGGGAACGUCUAUGCCAGAGAUACCCGUGGUAAAAAGCCAAUUGACUACACCCGAGCUGGCUCUCCUCCAUCACUGUGCCUGCACUUCUAUGAAACAACGCCUCUGAGUUUGCAGCAGCAGUGCAGGGUCUUUCUGAGGAAAGCCCUGGGGACCAGAGCAUUGGAAGUAGUGUCGAAGUUACACAUCCCUCCUGGAAUCAUCAACUACCUCUCGUAUCAAUGAGCAGAAAGAAAAGGGGUGGAGAAGCAAUAUACUUGAACAUUGAUGCAAUAUCAUUUUUCAAAGCAAAACACUCAUUCCUGUCUGGAAUAGUGUAUGUAGGUCAGCCACAUUUCAACCUCACAUGUUUGUGAACAGUGAUGGUAUGCCAUAAGCAGUCUGUCUGCCUGUGUAUACCAUGGUACAACAAAGAAGUCUCAGCCCACUCCCCAGGGUCGUAAAGCCGUCACACACCCAGCUAUCCACCCAUGAGUACCAUGUUUAGAUAAGUAAUUUAAACUCCUCACUUGGAUCCAUAUUCCAGAGCACUGUAUCACUCUAUGUUUAUUUUACUGUAAGCAUAGGGCCUCUGUUAGACAGCACACUCAGUGUUAUUGUAAUCAGAACACAUAAUGUAAACAUAACUUUAUAAAGGCUGUGAGGAUUGGGAGUUGAUGAUGUUUUUUUUUUUUAAUUUUAGUUAUUAAUUCCCCCUUUAGGUAUGCAGGUUAUAUCCGGAGUUGCCACUAAUGUAAUUGUGUUUAAGUUGUGUAGGGAGUGUUUGGCAGCUAAUUCCACACCUGGCCUUUGUAAGAGCCAAAUAAAUGUUUUACUGGCAAAAUAAUAGCAAUAGCAGCAGUGUUCCAUUUAUUUAAAACUACGGCAACAGCUGACACAAAUGGAUUGCUUGGUCAAUCGAUUAAUCAAUCAAUAUUUAAUUUAUAUAAUUUCAAAGACAAUCUCCAGGAAUUGCUUGUCACGAGGAGUUCCUUUAAUAUAUAACUAAUGACGGGAUAGCACAGAGAAUGUAGACACUGAACUUCCAUUAAAGUGCCCAGUUAAAGUGCUGCUAUAGACCAUGUUUAUAUUAAUUGUCCCAUGGUAACCAUUCAUUAUGGUGUGCCGUUUUAGUUUUGUUACUCCACAUUGUAUUACUUGUCUGCGCUUUUCCUCUUUAUUAAACACGAUGCACAAGAGGGGAGUUUUCUUAUGGAUGCAGUUGUUUCACAAGCUAAUAACCAAUAUACAGUGUUACCAUGGAAUACAGUAGCAAAACUACAAAAGAGAAGAGCAUAAUAGACCCUUAUAUAUCAAGUUAAAAUGUGAGAAAAUUGCACAUUUACAUUUAGAUCCUUGCUUCAAAAACAGAGCGGAUGCUGUACUUUGGGCACUUCUGAGUUAAACGUUGAUGUUUACAGCAUCAAGUUGUGAAAUUUAUGAUGAUUGAACAUUUUUAAAUGUAAUGUUUUUUGGGUUUUUUUUCUGUUUCACUUUUAAACCCUGAAGAAGGAAAUGUUUAUAUUGCAUUAAUCUAGAACUGAAUAGUUGCUGUAACCUAGGUUAUGAGGACAUUCAUUACAUCUAGCUUUUCCAGGGGUUUAAAAUAAAUGAUACAAUUUUAACUACAAAGUUGCAAAUACGGAGCAUGAGAUUGUAGACAGUUGUGUAUCAAGGCAGUUGUGUAGAUUGCAUCCCCUAACCAUAUGCAUAUUUGUCAUUAAUUUAUCAAUUAAUGUAUUUAUUGAUCAAAGUUUAAGUGUGGUGAUGUCACAGUAUUUCUUUCCUCCCCUUAUAUUUACUGUAUUACCCAGACAUCAAUGUGCACUAUAACAAACAGUUAAAUCCAGCAUUUAAACAUUAACGUAGUGCUAAUCUUUUGAACAGAAAACAUUGAUCAAAGCUUUAAUUUCAUAUACAGCUUUAAUUUC